GCGGCCUUGUUGCCUGAAAAGACCGUUCGCCCCACCUACCCAUCCUCCCUCUUCCCCUCACCUCGCCAUUUCCACUCUCUUCCCCUUCUAUCUACCGGACCUAAUCAUCAUCUUGCCAUCCAUCGCAGCAUCACCGCCCGCAUACUUUCUCGGCACCCCGAAAGCUAUAACUAGCCCACCCAGCACUCCCGAUUUUUGACUCUGCACAUAGCGAGACACUCUACAGUCGUCGGUCGCUCUCUUCCCCGUCACCAAAUAAAACCCUUCUCCCAAGCACACCCCGAAAACUUCGAGUUUAUGUCCACCGAAAUCGAAAACCUCAAGACCUACGAUCCCUUCGCCGAAGCCGACGAGGACUCGGGCAAGACCAAACAGACUCAGGAGUAUAUCCAUAUCCGCAUUCAGCAGCGUAAUGGACGUAAGACUCUGACCACCGUUCAGGGUAUUCCGAGCAAGUUCGACCACAAGAAGAUUCUUAAGGUUGUCAAGAAAGAGUUCGCUUGCAAUGGCACCAUCAUCAGUGACACCGAGAUGGGCGAGGUGAUCCAGCUCCAGGGUGAUCAGCGUACCAAGAUCAAGGAGUUCCUCACUGAUAAGGAGAAUGGCCUCGGCCUCGAUGACAAGACCAUCAAGGUGCACGGCUUCUAAGUCCGGCAUGUCACACGUGCCGUAGCUCACUUCGAGUCCCCCUCUGGGGAAUACGGAGCAGCGUCUACGAAAGUAGUGUCGCUACGAGCGCUGAGAGGACCCUUGGUUGGGUCCAGCGGCAUAAUGACAUGAUACCCCACGAUGGUUACGGACGUCCUUUUUACUCUAGCAACAUUGUUGCAGGAGGUUUUUUGGGAAGGAAAGGCUCUAUUUUUUUUUUUGCGCGAUACAGAUCGUCGUUCGCUUAGGUAGUCGAUUUCUGGUGGUUUUCAAAAUCUCUGGAACGAUGCAAGACGCAAGCCUUUCAUUAUGAAAUCUGCGGUCUUGGGGCAAUGGGAUCAUAAGUUGCGAUAAACUUGUGCCAUGACAGUCUUGAUAUGCCUGGUUUGAUAUGUGUAUGCUGCAUCUGUCAAC